AUGGUGAACGCAAAUCCAGAGAUUGCUACUCUGGCGGAAUCGAUAUUGAAAAAAUGGCUCAGGCAUGUGAAUAAUGAAUACCACGCAUCCCAAUCCUCUUCUGCCACCAAAAAAAAUAUUCCCCCCGCAAGUUUAGUCACAUCCAAUCCAACAACUUCCACGACGACUUCGACUCCCGCUCAGAACGCUUCUUCAAUCCCGACCAGCGGAUUCUCUCAGCCUCAAGCCGAGCCCCAAUUGUCUACUGAUGAGGAAGAGGAAACUGACCCUCCAAGCCCAAAUAUUCUAGACCCUGCCUUCUUUGAGCUUUACAAGCUGGACGAGAAAGUCAAGGACGAGAGUCUCAAAGCGGUCUCUGAUGCUUUGAUCCUGGACACAGAUGCCUUGAUCUGCGACUCAAAUGCUCGCCAGAUACUUCUGACCUCUCUGUCGCGUUACUCAGCCAGGCAGGAGAAAAACCUCGAAAUCGCAAACUCACUCAAGAACAAACUCACUGCUGCAACCAGAGAAUCAAACACUGGGGGAGUCAAAGAAUGUCUCGAACAAAUCAAGAAAAAGAUUAUUCCCAGCGAAGACCUUAUCCGAGAUACGAAGAUCGAAAUAGCCGUCAGAAAAAAGAGAAACAGCGUGAAUCCAGAGAUUGCUAAACUGGCGAAGUCGAUCAUCCGCCAAUGGAAGAGUCACAUGAAGAAAAAAACCGCCGGAUCUCAAUCCUCAUCCGCCCCCAAAAACAACACUCCCGCGGCAACUUUAGUCUCCGAAUGGUCUACUGAUAAGGGAAACGGAACUGGCCCACGAAGCUCGAAAACUGAGGGCCUUAGCUUGAAUUUCGAGCUUUAUGGGGAGGAUCAAGCCAGGAACGGCAGCCUCACAGCGGUCUUUGAUGCCCUGAUCUUCGAUUCAGAUGCGCCCGCCGAUCUGAUAUACGAGCGAGCUAAGGCUAUCGAAUCUGAAGUCAGCAAAUCGCAUGACUCCAUCGGCUACAAAGAUAAAAUGUGGUCGUUGGUCUUCGAUCUGCGCGAUCCAAACAACCCUGGCAUACGAAAAUCGGUCCUCUUGGGGGAGAUCUCGGCCGGCAGAUUAUGUGUCAUGGGGCCUCAAGAUAUGGCGAGGGAGAGAAUGAAAGCUCAAGACCGCAAGUUAGCCGAAGAGAACACAUUUGCAGCCUCUGGAGCCGAGUUUCAACAUGCGCAAAAACAUGCAUUCAGAUGCACCCGUUGUGGACACCGGGAAUGUGCCUAUUAUCAAAUGCAGACCGCUGUGGCUGAUGAACCUUUGGCUGUUGAGUCACCUCUUGAUACUCUACAAACAAACAGACCAUUCGAAAGACUGACCUUGUGUAAAAAUAAAUCAAUGGUGUUAAUCGACCCCCCGGCCACCCCCAAGCCCCCACGCAAGCCAUCCAACCACAGCCCACCCAGGGCCAACAAGCCGCAAGCGGCGGGCAGCGAACCAACCCAUCCUCCGGCUGCCGGCCCCUCGAACUGUUCAGCCACGGCAGCAGUUGCCGCGGAAGAGAGUGCAUCUCCUGUCGUUGAUUCCGCGGCAUUGGCAGUCCUUGACGCAUCAGACGAGCAGAUUCAACGCGCUAGCGCCGAUCCCGAGGGAGAGGUUUUCUCUCUCGCCCUUCCACCGGCGGGCAGCGAACCGACCCAUCCUCUGGCUGCCGGCCCCUCGACCUGUUCAACCACGGCAGCAGUUGCCGCCGAAGAGAGUGCAUCUCCUGCCAUUGAUUCCGCGACAUUGGCGGUCCUUGGCGCAUCAGACGAGCAGAUUCAACGCGCUAGCGCCGAAGCUGAGGGAGAGGUUCUCUCACUCGCUCUCCCACCAGCCGCACUGGCGGGUCUUGAGGACAUCGGCGAGCACCUGCCACUCAGCGACAUCGAGGGGUGA